GUUAAAUAAAAGUAUUACAGCCUUGUAACAAGUGUCUCAGCUUUGAGUGAGAAUCAGAAACAUUGUGCAUGCUGUGAUGUUGCACUCCAGUGAGCCUAGAAAUUUCAUCCCAGAGUUUCAUUCACAGAUGGGGUUUGGGCUGAACAUUGUGGCGAGCCCACAGAACUCUGAGCGUUGUCUUACUGUGCUGUGGCCCUGUGUCACCACUCCUCCAGAUGAGAGCAACAAAAGAAGAAAGCAAACUAAUGUAUAUUUUUCUGUGUCUUCUUUUCUCCACUCAGCUGCUAUUCAGGUGCAAAUCACUCCGGCACAAGGGGAAAUCAGCGUCGGAGAGUCCAAAUUUUUCCUCUGCGAAGUGGUUGGGGACGCUAAAGACAUCGACUGGUUCUCCCCCAGCGGUGAGAAGAUCCUCCUGUCUCGGCCGAACAUCUCUGUGAGCCGGAGUGACGAGUCCACGUCCAUCCUCACCAUCUACCACGCCAAUGUGGACAACGCCGGCAUCUACAAAUGUCUGGCCAAAAACGCAGACAAGGAGGCCCAAGCCACAGUUCAAGUGAAGAUCUUCCAAAAGAUCACCUUCCAGAGCGCGCCGAGUCCGCAGGAGUUCAACGAGGGCGACAACGCCGACAUCGUGUGCGACGUGGUCAGCUCGCCGCCGCCCUCCAUCAUUUGGAAGCACAAAGGCUCCAAACUCCAAUCCGCCAAAGACGUGCGCUACAAGAUCAUGGAUAAUGGCCACCUGCUGAUACGUGGCAUCAAGAAGGUCGAUGAAGGAAUGUAUAAUUGUGAGGCUCGUGUUAUGGCCAGGGGAGAAAUUGACUUCCGGAUGAUAAAGGUCAUCGUUAAUGUUCUUCCCACAAUCCGUGCCAGGAAGUCUGAAGUCAACGCCACAGCAGAUGUUGGUGAAUCUGCCCUGUUGGCCUGUGACGCAGACGGCUUUCCUGAGCCCACCGUUACCUGGGCACAUAACAACAUCGUCCUUGAAACGGGCGACAAAUACAGCUUGAACGAGGAUGGCUCUGAAUUGGUAAUAAAGGAAGUCAGAAAGGUGGAUGAAGGAGAUUACACUUGCAUCGCCAAGAACAAGGCAGGAGAGAAAACCGAGGAAGUCAGCCUGAACGUGUUCGUGCUGCCGAACAUUACCUACUUCAACAACCAGACUGCCUCCGAGUUUGAUGACGAGGUCACCCUGACCUGUGAGGCCUCGGGUGACCCCACGCCCACCAUCUCCUGGAGAUUUGGAAACAGAGUUUUCACUGAAGGAGAGCAGGCAUCUUGGACGCGACCAGACAAAUAUGAGAGCCUAGACAGGAACGUCGUAGUACGAAGCCAUGCGCGGGUGUCCUCCCUCACAUUGAAGGAUGUCCAGUUCACCGAUGCUGGUCGUUACCUCUGCACUGCCAGCAACUCCAUCGGCGAAGACAACCAGCAACUGUUCCUCGAAGUGCGCUAUUCUCCAAAGAUCAUGGGCUCAGUGGCAGCACACACAUGGGAAGGAAACCCAGCCAAUAUUUCUUGUGAGGUGGCAGCCAACCCCAGAGCCUCGGUGGUUUGGUUCAGAGACGGCAUCGAGCUGCCGACCGCUAACUCAACCAACAUAAAGAUCUUCAAUACCCCAACCAUCAGCAUCCUGGAGAUCACACCUGAGUCCCAAAACGACUUUGGGAGCUACAACUGCACAGCUACAAAUGUGAUAGGCUCUGAAUCCAAGGAGUUCAUCCUAAUCCAAGCAGAGGUGCCGUCGUCCCCUAAAAUUGAAGAAGUGCAGCCGUUCUCCAGCACGGCGGUGGUGGAGUUCGAGGAACCGAACUCCUUGGGUGGAGUGCCAAUAUUAAAGUACAGAGUGGAAUGGCGUUUGCCUGGGAAGGAGUGGAAAAGUAAGGAGUACAAAGCUGAAGACGACAUGACCAGGAUAACCAUCGUCGGACUGAAACCGGAGACGACCUACGAGGUCAAGAUGUCCGCCAUCAACGGGAAAGGCGAAGGCGAGAGCAGCCGUUCCAGCACUUUCAAGACGGAGCCAGUCCAAUAUUCUCUCACAAUUGCAUCAUCGAUCCCACCUGCUAUCGCUGCCACCACUAUGGCCAUUAAAGGGGAACCAACUUCUCCCAUACUAGAAGUCAUACUUGUAAAGAGCAGUAAUUCUGCUAAAGUCAAGUGGACCAAGCAGGACGACGGAGGCUCGCCCAUUAUACGCUACCUGAUCAGAUACAAGGCUAAGCAUAUGUCUGAGUGGAAACCGGAAACGCACCUCCCCUCUAACAGCAAUUACGCGAUGCUGAGCGGCCUGGACUGGAACACGGAUUACGAGGUCCGCGUGGUGGCGGAGAAUCAGCGGGGCCGAUCCGAGCCGUCCAUCACUUCCUUCAGAACUGCUUCGGAGCCCACCACCGUCCCAGGUACCACUUCCAUCAUUCCGCCUCAGACAUCCACACACGACAUCAUCUCAGGCUCCCACCGUGACCAGAGGGCCUCUGGAUUUAAAGUCUCCGACUUGCACUCAUGAUCUGACAUGAAUGAUCUAGGAUCGUCAGCGCAGUUUAUUGGGAUUUUUAUUUGGUAGGCCAAAAUGAAGUAGUUCAUAAAUUUGACGUUUGAGAAGAAUGAGGUAAAAAUCUGAAGAUUUUGGCAUGCGUUGGUGUUCAUCCCCUUUUACUUUGAUACCAGGUGAUGCCAGCUGUUAGUCCUGCCUUCAUGGCCUUUAUGCAAGAGUUGUGAGAAGAUGCUGUUUUGGAUCUUCCAUAAUUGUUCGAAAUAAAAGAUGCUUAGCAACAAUAACAUAAUGGACAAUCAUAAUGUUCUUCAUGGGACAGCAGUGGAGUCAGUCAGAGGUUUCUUCAGAUCUGCUGUAACACAGACCUCUGGCACACAGCUGUCAGCAUCUGCAGUGACUCCUUAAAGAAACUUGGAUAGUUUAAGUUACAACUGAAACAAACUUACAACGAGAGCUGCAGUGGAGAUGUUGAGAUUAAAGCAUAAUCAGGAUUUUAAAUGGCCAGAGCUGAAUGUAACUGAAUCUGUGGCAAGAUUAAAAAUAAAAAAUCAAGCUCUGUAAAAUCUGAUUGGACUUAAACUGUUUUGCAAUAGAAAAGACAAAAGUAUUUUUUCUUAGGAACGCUGUUGGAGAAAAACCCGACGAGGCUGAAGCGCUUCUAAACAGUACAGACCCAGGAAUAUAAAUUUACUCCACUUCAUAUUUACUGUAUGUCAGGCUUUCACAAAAAAAAUCCCAUUCAACUGCCUUGCAGUCUGUGAUUGUACUGUAAAGGCUUGAAUAAGUUAAAAGAGGCUGAAUAUUUCUGCAACCUAUUGUAGAUAAAAUGUUCAGAUGUUUUAAACCUGCAGGGUGUCUUGCAUGGCAGACCUGGUCACGGUCAAGCCUCUGCUCCGCUGUGUUUCACUGGAACCUCGUGACCUUGGGCUGCCUCCCCAUCGCACUAAACCUGAGCAGUGGGACAGAUUAAACACCGCCUAUCAUCUUCUAUUUCUCUAUUCUCUCUAUUUUCAUUCUCUAUCUUUUCAUGUCUUCCUUCUCCAUUUGAUUUUCUCAGGUUAGUUUACUGAAUCAGGCUGAUAUCCUAUUAGUUGCCACGAACACAAAUAAAAAUAGUCUAGUAAACAACGUGAAGCAGAUCUAAUCGUUAUCCUACCUUACAUAACAGCUUGUUUGUUUAUUGCAUUGAUUGGUCUGGAAAAAGUUGCGCAGCCAUCUGUGAAGCUUUGGGACUCCAGUGAGGACCAUAAAACUUUCCAGAAAGAGUUGAGCUUCCAAACCGACUCCAGGACCCUCGACGACUCAUCCAGGAGGUCCCAGAGACACAUCUAGGACUCUGCUCUGGCCCAACUUACCUCAGUUAAGGUCAGAGGUCAUGAUUCAAGACAAAAAUGGCCUCCAUUGGAGAGUUUUUCUGGGUGAGAACCACUGCUGACCCAAAAGAACACAAAGGGCCGAUCUCACUUUUUCCCCAAAAAACAUCCUGAUGAUCCUCAAAAGACUUCUGCAAAUAUCUUCUUUGAGCUGAUGAAACAAAAGUACAGCAUUAUCUGUGGCAGCAAACUGACAGCCUGAACACACCACCCCCACCAUUAGACAUGGUGGUGUGAGCAUCAUGCUUUGGGUUUGCUACUCUUCUGCUGGGACUGGGAAGCAGGUCGGAAUUAAUUGGAAACUUUUAAAGGCUGCAGAAGACUUCAGACGUACAGCCAGAGAUGCAAUGGACAUAAGCUUCUGCAUAUUUUAGAAUGGCCUAGUCAAAUCCAGACCUAAGUCAAACUGAGAAGCUGUGCUGUCAGACAAAAUUGAGAUAUGCCUCAAAAGACUCUCACCUGGAGGGACACAAAACGCUGUUCUGCAAAGUAGUGACUGACAGAGGGCCUGAACAUUAAAGCAUGUCAAACUGAAGGUUUUUAUUUCAUAUGAAAAAUCUUGAAAGCACGAAUCAUAACGUAAUACUUUUCGCACUAAAUAUUAAGUUGUGGUUUUAAUGGGGUGUUAAUACUUUUGCAAGACUGUUUUACAUAAAUUGGAUUCAGGCAAUUCCUGUGGCAUCCAACAGCCAAUCAGAAGAGUGAGCAGACUCACGGCACAAACUGUGCUAAACAUCGACAUUAUGUUUCAUAGAGAGUAAGAAAAAUACAGCAGAUGUCCUGUUUCACUGAAGACCUCCCUGACUUGGUCUCAUUACUCUCCAUGCGUAAAGGCAUCCUCUCUGUUUCACGUCCUCUCACGCUGCCUAUGUCUUUGCUUUCGCUGCUCGGUUUAGUGGCUCCCGCAGCUUUCAGGAUGUGUUGCUGACCUCAAUGCAUGCUGUGUGGCCUAGUUAGGUGGGGAUGCAGCCCUUACAGCCUUUUUUUUUUUUUUGCAUGGUGCCUCCUCCAGUUUAAAUUAACGUUUGCCAUUUAUAACUAAAAUACCCAAAAGGCACUUUUCUGGCUGUGCAUGGCACAUGAAGAAACACGCUAUUUUCCUUGUUUUAUGAUCUGCCAUGUAGCAGUGGGAGGUUUGGAUCUCUUCUAGUUCUACCAUAGCAGAAGUUAGCCUGGGUUUCAUCCAAGUCGCUCCCCUCUUUGAUUCCUCUAAUUACUUCCAUUUAACUUUUGUUUUGUUUCAGUUUAUUCUUGUUCUUUUGAAGUGUUUUUUUUUUUCCUUUUCCCCCAACUGUUUUUCUACACCCCAAGCUGCUCUGAACCAGUUUUAGCUGAAGAAAAACAAAGGUUUAUUUUUAGAUGCAACAUCUGCAUUUCAUUGAGCGUGUCCCUGCAGCUGCUCCUGGUUAUACUCACUCAAAACAGCUGCUGCUUCGAAAACAAACAAUCGAUUUCAGCUUCCAGUCUGAAUGCAGUGUUGAUGUGCAGUUGAGACCCAAUUUGUUGACUGUUUUUUCUUUUUUUUUUUUUUUUUCUUUUCUGUUUUAAACAUGAGCUCCUAGUGUGGGAACUCAAAAAAUAUAAAUAUUGCAUUCAUUUGAAGGAAUUCUGAAUCUGGAACAAGUUUUAGCAUCUUAGCAUUACGUUUCAGUGCCUCGCUCCUCUGUAGAGAGAUUAAAUAUUAAGUUAGAUCAAUAAAUCAGCAUUUCACUGCAUAGCUGACUUACAGAAUUUAGUUUU